AUGGGAGGAUUGUGUAUAAGAACUUUAAAGAACAGACAAACAGUAGUUGGAAGUAUGUCAGUGAUAUUUGUGAUUUUCUUAGUUUGUUUUAAGAAUUUAGCUGUUGGGGCAAUUCAAAAUACGCCUACGUAUUUAGUUUCUUCAGAAGAUCAUGUUGUUCUAAGUGCAAGCUCAUUCAAUCAUGACAAAACUUAUUCAGGACCCGAAAAAGAGUCUGAAGAUGAAUUGGCGAGUAAUUAUAAAACAAUUCAAUCAACAGUACAACAUAAAAAUUCUAAAAAUGUUGAAAAUUUCAAACCAGGAAUAGAAGAUGUAAGUGUUAAAGAAAGGAAUCAUGAUAUUGGAUGGAAUACUGUUAUUACUGCAUCCAAAUAUGUCAAUGACAUUGAUGGAAACAAUAUUGAAGUUAAACCAGCAGAAUAUUUUGAUAUCAAACCAACAAAAGAAUUUCACCUUUCGGGGGAAGGCAAGGGGGCUCCGCAAAGACAAGCUGCUAUGUCGGAGCCCCAUCAGCUAACUGGAUUAAUCCAACAGCGACAAAGUCGUCAAGAAGUUCCGAGGAUUUAUAGUAACCGUACAAUUCUAGGCAUGCAAACCGCUUCUAUAGGAAGUCGUCAGGCCAAUCCUGAUAUUCAAGACAUUAUAACUGGCAUAGUUAAGUUGUUAAAUGGUAAUGUUAAUGUUGCAGCUAACACUAUUCGACCUCACAAGCCUGUACAAGCUACUAGAAUUAAUAAUCGAGGACCACCAAGAAUAUCAGAUUUACCACCAUUACCACCAGAUUUUGAUACUCCCGGUAUGAAUCCUCCUCCACCUCCAGAUUAUCCUUAUCCAUUUGAAAAACCACCUCCUUUAGAAAGACCAUCGAUCAAUCAAUUACCCCCAAUUCAAGAGAGACCAACACCCCAAAGACCUUACGUAAAUAUAAUUUCAACACCUGAACCAAUCGGGCCGCAAAAUAAUAAGCUUUGGAAUCGGCCUUUUCAACGACCAGUUAACAAUCAACGACCUAAUACAUCCUACAAGCCUUUGAUAUCUGAUGAAGAAUAUUACUAUGGUAAUGAAAAUAAUAAAGAUAUCUCCAAACCAACAAAUACAUCAACAAAUAAACCCAUUAAUGAUAAACAAGUACCAACUUCUGAAACAGUUACUGAAGAAACAAUUACUACAAAAAAGCCACCAAAGUAUCAACCACCUUUAGAACAAAAUAAAAAAGUUGCCGAUAAUACUUUGAUUCUUGGUUCUAAUCUUCAACCAAUCCCAAUAUUUACUCAAUCGGAAAGUCCUGCAAACUCGGUUAUAGCUUUAGACAGUUCAGGAUCAUCCACUAAACCAACAAAAAGUUUCUCUCAAGAAAUUACAGAGUCCAAAUCAUUAGAAUCAAGUACUGGUAGUCAAUUAGAUAUUACAAGAACAACUUUAAAGAUCGAAACUAGUUCUUCAAUUCAAGUUAUUGAACCAACAAGAACAGUGAUUGAAGUUCAACCGUCAAUUGUUCCUCUUGAAAAAAAUUCAGAAAAUAUUAAUUCAAUGAUUUCAACAUUAAGUGAGACAAAAACUUUUAUUGAACCGAGUACAGUUUCGACGGAUUCUACAUACAGCAAUAAUAAUCAGUUUUCCACUCCUACAGAAGGUUUAUCAACAAUAUUAUCGACGACAAAAACAAAUAAUAUAGUUAAAACAAUGAACCGAAACUCGAAUUCUAUGUCUACAAAGCCUUUUCAUCAAAGUUCAGCUACUUCAAAUAAUUACCGUUAUCGUCCCAGGCCAGGGAUAGUUUUAGAUGAUACGUUAGACUACACUAAAUCACCAGGAUUGGCAACACAAAGACCUCAUCCGCCUCCACGACAUCCUCCGAUAGGAGAUAUCUUUGACAUAACUGUUUCAGCCGUUCAAGGACCGAGUGGUGGUUCUGGUGAAAGUGUUAGGGUAUCAGUAAAUCCAACAGGAGGUACUGAGGUCAUUCUUACGAGUGCUGUUGAUGGCCAAGGGUUUGUCAGUAUCGAUGGAAAGAGAACUUAUUUGAACUUGUUUGAUAAUUCUGAUGAAAACACUCCUGCUACUAAAGUUCAAAUACAUCCGACCCGAUCGCAAAUACCAGCUGUCACCGGUACCGGUUAUGCAGAACCACAAAUCGAAAGCACUUUAGUUUCAGCACGUCCAAGUGGGCCAAUAAAAAGGCCAAUUUUCCGUCAUCGAACAACUCAACCACCUGUAAGAAUUGAUACUUGUAUCGUUGGAGAAACCAGUACUUGCGAUGCGAGUCAAAAUGAAGCUUGUGCCACCGUUCAAGGCGUUUCUGCUUGUCACUGCAAGCCUGGUUUUGCCAGACACAGCCACUCGCUGUUAUGUAAAAAGGUAGUCAGUAUCGUUGUUUCGAUAAGAGUCGAUAGAAUCUACGAUUGGAAAAUUAUAUGGAGUCCAGAUUUUGCUGACAAAGAAUCUGAAAUCUACCAAACAAUAGCAUUCGAAACUAAUAAAGCUAUUGAGUCUGCGAUGUCGAUGACACCUUUCUCAGAUGAAUAUAUGGAUUCAUCGAUUAAUAAUCUAUUCCAAGGACUUGCAAGUGAAGGUCGAGGUGGAGUAUUUGUCAAUGCCACACUGAAAUUAACGUAUGAACCUCGGACAGCAAGACCUGCUUUAGCUGGAGAUCUUCAGAAGCAUUUACUUGGGGUUCUCAAUCGUAGAAACAAUAACAUCGGCAAUAGUGCUGUCUACGUUGAAUCAGCCUCUGGAGCAAUUUCCAGCUUGCAAGAUUUAGAUGAGUGUGCAUCUUCAGAAUUGAAUGACUGCAAUGCUUCGGCAGUUUGUACGAAUAAUUGGGGUGGAUUCACUUGUUCUUGUAAACCAGGUUUUAAGGACCCCCAUAAAGAUGACCCGAACAAAGUGGGUAGAUCAUGUCUUUCAUGCCCUUCGUCUCAUUGUAAUAAUCGAGGGACCUGCUCUUAUCAAGAUAACGUUAGGCAAUGCUCAUGUACGGGCAAUUAUUACGGAACACAAUGUGAAAUCGACGGUGAAGUAUUAGGAGUAUCUAUUGGCGCUACAGUUGGUGCCAUAAUAGUUAUUAUUCUCACGAUUGUGGGUCUAUUUAUGUGGAGUCGAGGAUUAUCAAGAGAUCAAAAACCUAUGGGUUCUCCAGUUUAUGGUUACAUGCAGAAUGGGAUUCCAGGUACUUUGCCAGGUACAUUAGCGAGAGUUGGUUCUGUGGGUACUUUAGCUUCUGUAAAACAAGGCCCUCCUCCUAAUUUACCACCUUAUUUAUGGGGCCACAUAACUGAACGUAUGGCGACAGCUAAUUUAUAUGCAACAGAACCAUUAGGCCCCACACGACCCAGUUCAGCCGUAUUUGGCUACCCAACUCUCAGUUGUCAUGGUACGCUUCCUCCAGUUCCAUUACCAAGAUUACAAGCUCCACCAAGGCCUAGGCAAAGAUAUCAACCUGAUCCUGAUAGUUCUGAUUCAGAACCACAAGAUAAAGACAGAGCUGACUUGAUUCCCAGUAAUGGUUUUCAUGUACCCAGACCCAAAUCUAGAUCAUCUUUGGCAAACCAAAGUGGUAUUUAUUACGAUGUCGAAUAUGAUCAAGGUGAUGCUCACCAUUUAUCAAAAAAUAACAUACCAAUGUCGACAUACAGUAUGGCAAGACCGUAUUAUAGAACGUAA